UCAAUCUGUCUCCCACCAAAGGGUCGUUAAGUCUCAACCGCGUCUUCUUCUUCUUCCUCCUCCUCUCUCAGUUUGGUUUGACCGGCUUUAAUGGCGGAAGUACGAUCACGAUCACGACGAACGGAGAGCAAUUGGGCUACAAUAUGCUGCUCAGCUUUCUCCUGUCUCCAGCUCUACUGGGCACGUCUUGUAAUCCGCAAAUGGUUCAACGUUUCUGCUAUUGAAUCAGAUUAUAGCGCUGAUAGUGACGAUGACUGUCAAGAGAGAGUCCAAGAACUUGACCCGAGUAGCUCUGGAGUUACCAAUCAACGUGUUGAUACUGAUGAUGUGCCUAAGCUUAGAAGACGAAAUUCAGAAACUUUCAGGGUGCAGUAUAUGGAUACCAAAGCAAUCAGAAUCUGUGCUGGGACAUGGAAUGCUGCAGGAAGAGUUCCACCAGCUGACUUGGAUAUCGAUGGUUGGCUAGACACUGCUGAACCUGCUGACAUUUAUGUUCUUGGUCUUCAGGAAAUCGUUCCCUUAAAUGCUGGAAACAUUUUUGGUAUGGAGGAUGACCAGCCUGCUUAUGAAUGGGAGAACUUGAUACGGGAGGCCUUAAACCGAGUUCAACCUAGAAAGCUGAAGAUUAUAAGUCACAGUGGUCCCCCUUCUCCAUCGAAGUUUAAGCAAUCUGAAGAGGUCUCUUACAGCGUACAAGAUAUGUUUACCAGUCAUGAUGCUUGCGAUGCGAUUCAUUCAAUGGAUAAGAAACCCAGUUGUAGCGAAAGCACGGACAGACCAGUCGUAGGUGAAGAUUCACUUACUAAUAUAGACGUUUUGGGUUCUACCAAUGACAACGCAUCUUGCUUGCCCAUACAAGAAUAUUUACCAAGGCAAUUUUCAUCAGCAAAUACGCCAGACCGCUCUCUCUCAAUGCAGAUUAAUAGUGAUUCCCAAAGGGAAGAAAGAUUUAGUUACACUGAAAGAGUUGGUUUGAGGUGGCCAGAGCCUCCACUGAAACUGCUUAAUCAAUAUGUUUCGGAAAGACGUAGUUCCUUCAAGUCAGUGAAUCUAACUAUCAAGAAUCUGAGAAAACCUUCGUAUGUACGGAUUGUGAGCAAACAGAUGGUUGGAGUGUUUCUCACCAUUUGGGUUCGGAGGAAGUUGCGCAAGCACAUAAGCAACCUUUGUGUAUCUACUGUUGGUGUUGGUAUUAUGGGCUACAUUGGUAACAAGGGAUCCGUAUCGGUAAGCAUGUCAAUCUAUCAGACACCGUUUUGUUUCUUGUGCUCCCAUCUGUCAUCUGGGGAAAAGGAUACAGAUGAAGAGAAAAGAAAUGAAGAUGUACGUGAAAUUCAUAGAAGAACUCAGUUUCUUCCUCAUUCUUUAAAUGAGGAUGAGCUUCCAAGAAGCGUCCAUGAUCAUGAAAGAAUAAUCUGGCUGGGAGAUCUGAAUUAUCGGAUUAACUUGUCAUAUGAGGAGAUACAUGAACUUAUUGCAAGAAAGGAAUGGCAGAGGUUGGUAGAGUAUGACCAGCUUUCAAGAGAGAUGACAAAAGGGAACGUAUUCGAGGGAUGGUCAGAGGGAACUUUAGAUUUUGCACCAACAUACAAGUACGAAAUCGAUUCAGAAAACUACAUCGGAGAUGACCCGGAAUCCGGGAAACGUAGACCGGCCUGGUGUGACCGCAUCAUUUGGAAUGGGAAGGGAAUGAAGCUUUUUAGUUACAGAAGAAACGAGAUUAAACUAUCGGAUCACCGGCCUGUCACAGCCACGUUCUUGGCCGAGGUUGAGGUUUUGUCUCCAAGGAAACUUCAUCGUGCGCUUGCACUCACGUACUCCGAGAUCGAAGGCCAUGUAGACUUCUAAAUGCAUACCCUCUCCGGUCAGAUUCUGUUCUGUGUAGAGUAAUUUUACAACUUAUAUUCAUUUCGUACAUUCAAUAAUUCCCAUUGAAGGAAAUGUAUAAAUAGUGUUCACGUAAAAACGUAAUCAUACUUGCUUUGUAGAUAGAAUACAGACGAAGUCUUCUAUA